CAUUUAUUUAGCUCUAUCUUAAAGAUGUAUUAUAUUUCAGUUAAAUGCAACUUUUGAAGGUCCUGUAAGAGAUCUCGGAAAAAUUACAACUGCAUCUUGUUUUAGGUGAACAGAUCUACAAUUGAAAGGGGGUAAUGAUUCAUUUGAAUGCAUGAAACUCUGCUAAAAUCGACUUUGAAUUCGAAAUUUGGUCAUUUUUUGGAAUUAAUUGGGAUGCAUUUUUUAAGAUGUAUAUCGCAGAGCUUAAUAAAUGAUUGAAUCAUAUUUAACGACCAAAAAACGUAAAGUAUCUUAUUUAAAAAUCUGGAUUAUGUUCUGGAAGCCAUUUUCAUACAUGUAUCAAAGAAAAUCGAAAAUUGAUUUACAAAUCGUUUAUUAGCGACCUCUACAUCUUAAUAUUUUUUGACAAAAAAGUAAGGGUGUACUUUUAGUAUGAAAUGGAAGCUUUUGAGUCAAGAGGUUGAGAAAAUAUAAAAGCUUUUUUUUCUUGACAGUCUAAUGUAUACGUAGAAUGAUCUAGGUCAACCAGAAGAGUGGGCACAAACGUAUUCCUCAUGAUGAAAAAUUGAGUUGAAAAUGUUAAUAGCAAAAUAUUAUGGGGUCAAUAGCUUUUAAAUGGUGACCGUUUGAAACUCUUUAACCACAGGACGUGAUGUUUGCGCCGUUAAGUGCGACGCAACCAAGCGAUCGGCCGGGUGCUCUGAUAAAUACUGCUAAACGGCACGAACAAAUAUUACAAAGGUUCCGUGAAAUCUCUAUUAACAUCUCCUGCUGUAUUUUUGAGUUCAGUUUAAUUGACAAGAAGUAAUGUCAAUUGCAAAUUCGAUAAAACAUUAUUUAUAUGAGUAAAAAAUGUGUUUUGAAAAUGCAGCAUUUUAUUUGUAAACAAAUAAAUUAAUAAAUAAAAUCAAUAUUAAUUAAAUUAUCUAAUAAAAUAAUGUUGAAAGCAUCAGUCAACAAACUUUUCUAAAACUUUGUUACCAAAAGUUCUAUCAAAAACAAUAUUAGAAAAAAUUUACAUUUGAAAUUUGUAUUUAAUAAAUAAAUACUCUAUUCAAUAUUCCAUAUUUAGGAAAUAACAUGAACAAAAUUCCAAAUUAUAAUAUGAGAAAAAAGGAGAGGAAUACAGUGAAGAAAUUCAAAGCGCUCGUCUUUCCACCCGUCAACAAUUAUCGUCGGUACAUAAUACACCAGCUGGUACAGGAUCGUUUCUCGGAUUUGCUGCACACGUUCUCGAUAGGCCAAGGCUCGGCUAGGCGUACCAUAGUAUGCUACAAGAGUGAUUUGAAAAGAGAUUGGAACCCGAAUGUUCUUGAAUGUAAAACAAAAAUUAUAACAAGACGAAAGGAUACAACUUACGGAAUGGGUAUCGAAAAUCGACGCUCGCCUUCGACAUCUCCAGAAUCCAAACUACAGCGACAAGCCAAGUUGAUACCAUCGGUUGAGAUUUACAGACCGCCAGCAGCUAGGAGGAUUAAUAAUUCUUCACAGAUAAAUAGUAUACCGAUACAAUCGACUACAGAUUUUUCUUUGGUCAAGAAUGUACGUCAAAAACGACCUGAUCGAGCGGUUUACAUACCUAAGCAUCGCAGAAGUUUAGAAACUAAAGAUAAAAAACUGCAAAAUUUGAAAGUUUCUAAUUUGACAUUAAAUGAAGAUUCAAAUAAUUAUUCGAAACUACAGGAUAUUCAUUAUAAUGAACAAAAUGUAGACGAUAUGACUUCAAAUAAUCCAAUCGCUAAAAGUUGCGAUAUAAAAAACGAGAAUAAACAUUUCCCACGAGAGAUUUCAGAAAAUGUAAUUUCUUUUGAUUCUGAGAAAAUCUCCGGUAAUAUAGAGGAUAUAUAUAAAUUUUCGGAAGUGAAAGAAGACAUGUCAACUUUAUUUGAGAUUAAACAAAUUACCACAAGUAAUAAUCUUAAUGAAAAUAAUACUAAUUUUAAUCUAUUAAAAACAUCCGAUCAAGUUGAAAUUAAUGAUAAACAAUUGGAAAAAAUACAAGAAACUACGAAAGAAAAUCUAUCCGAACACAUCAGUUGUAACGAUGUAACUGAUCACAAAGAUAAACAACUAAUUAAACAGAAUAUAGUAUCGGAUGUUCUAAUAAUUUCUGAUACUCAAAAGAAAUCCAAACAGCCCGAACAACUUUCUUCAAUUCUUGUUACACCACCUGAAAAAAAAGUAAAAAAGAUAGAAAGGCAAAAAAGCAAACCGGCUCCACCACCUUCUCCACCGCUGAAAAUCAAUAGAGAUGAAUGCGAUUGGGAUAGUUUAUUUGAUGAUAAUGGUGAUUGUUUAGAUCCAACAUUAAUAGAAGAGCUUACCUCAGCAGUAGGUGAAGUAGUGAUAGAACAACCAAAGAACGAUUACAAGGCAUAUACCAAGCAAAUUGAAGUAUCUAGUGACGAGUUUGCACACGUUAUUGAAAUUUACAAUUUUCCUUCUGAGUUCAAAACUAGCGAUUUAGCGGCUAUCUUUAGUUCUUUUAAGAACGGUGGUUUUGAAUUGAAGUGGGUAGACGAUACUCAUUGUUUGGGAGUUUUCAGCAGUCCUCUCGUUGCUGCCGAAGUAUUAGCAUUGAAUCAUCCAUUUGUUAAAACAAGACCACUUAAUGAAGCUACCGCUUUGAGUAAAACGAAAGCUAAAAGAAGCGCAGAAUUUUUACAACCUUAUAGGAAUCGUCCCGAAACAUGCGCUGCCUUAGCUAGAAGAUUAGUUACAGGUGCAUUGGGCGUAAAACUUUCCACAGCUAGACAAGAACGAGAGCACGAAAAGAAUAUAUUACGUGAAGCGAAAGAGAAAAGACGAUUAGCCAACAAACAACGAGAGGAUGUUUGGGAAGGCAUCAUACCUACAAAGUAGCAUUAUAUAUCACUAAUAGAGGAGUAUUUAUAAGGAUUUGUACCCCAUAUUGUGUAUAUUAUACACAUUCACAUUUGUGGUUGCGUAGUUGGCAUAGCCCACUAUGACUCGCAUAAUGUUAUUCUCGCAUUAGCGUGCAUAUUUGUGCCUUAUUCAUCUAUUCUUUACAUUGAUAAAUAGAAAAUUAAACAUAAUUAAUCAUACAUUUUUCCUAAUUUAUCCACUUUGCUACAGAAAAUAUACGAUAAUUUAUUAGUCAAUAAGUUUACGAUAUAUAAAUAUUAGUUAUAGCGAUUUCGGUUGGUUUGCACCGUUGUGCCACUUAUGUAGAGCUGAUGCAAAUGUGUGUAAAGCGUACACUCACGCAGUGUUACGGUUUUAUCCAAAUUACCGACGUUACCGAUUACACCAACUGGCUUUGAUUAUUUUGUUAGAGCCACUUUGUGUACACCCAAUAUGCAUUUGUGCAGUGUAUCGAGCCCAGACGAAUACGCGGCACGGGUGAGAGACUACACUAUUUGACCAGCCGAAUACAAAAGUUGCAUAAACACCUGAAUUGUGCAAUCAGUGCGCCCCAGCCGAAAUUUAUUAGGAAAUAUUCGGUUAUUUAAUUGAAUAAAUAUUUUAUAAAAAUUGAGAUAUCAACGUUGUUACCAUUUUAUAUAUGGAUAUAUUAUUACAAAAAAAAGCAAAGAUGUGACUAACAAUGUUCAUUCCCCACACAGCAAGCUGACGUUAUUUGUCGUAGGGCGAUACAGCAGAGAGGAUCGAUAUUCCACUGUAUUGCCCACCUGAUUCGACGCUCCUUUCACAUUUAGUACAGUGAUAGUAUCGAUACUGCUGUAUUGCUCAUUCCUAAUUUGUCAUCAUUUCAACAUCAAAAUGUUAUCAAAGAUAUAAUCCCUAUUAAAAUAAAUAACGUCAACUUGCUACCUGGGUCAGGUUCUGUUGUUUGUAUAUCUUUUCGAUGCAAAAAUACAUUUUUUAAUGAAUGUAAUGUAUAAUAUCGAGCAAUAUAACUAGUUUGAAAUUGAAAUUUUAUGUAAAAAUUCUAAGUGUAAUGGUAAACAUAUAGAAAAAACUGAAAAGUGAAAUAUUUUGCAAUUAUAUCUUGAUCAUGAGUUUAUACACAGCAACAAACAAUAAUACAUAGAUUGAUCACAGGACAAUAAGUUAUUACCAAUAACAAGAUUCUUUCACGCCCACAUCAAUUUAUUAUAUAGCGAUAUUUUUAAAUAUAUUUUUACAAAGCUGGAUAACAUAUAAUCAAUAUAGAAGUAUUAUCGAAAAUAUUGUGGUAUUAGAAUUAUAUUGCAACGUAAUACUAUUUUAUAAUUUUAACUUGUGCCAUUUAUGUCUGUUAUAUAUACAAAUGUUACAAAGUAACGCACAAUCACAUUAUUUAUUCAUAUUACAAAGUUGCUGAGUAUAAAAGAACAGAUUGUAUUUUUAUAUACAAUUGUUAUCAAUAUAAAAAACAUUAUCACUUAUCCUUAGUGAAUAUACACAAAAGAUGCGUUAUUUACAUAUUAAUCUGUGUCACGGGUUGAUUCAAAGGGUCUUUUGUGUGAGAAAAAAGAAAUAAAAAUAUUUUCUAAAGCAUUA